AAUCUGAGGUCUCCACCAUGCAGACCGGACAGGGCAGGGCCCUGCUGAUCCUCCUCGGCCUGGCGCUGAGCACCCCCGGUUGGACUGCCGAGGGGGAGUCCCGCGGGGACCGUGAUGCUCUUUCCUCGGCUGUUGAGCGGUAUAAUUCGAACUCGGGACUAGAUUCGGCCUUCCGGCUGUUGCAAGUCAAAUCUCAGCCUGACGGGGCACCCUCGAAUCCAGAUCUUCAGAAGCUGGAAUUGAUCUUGAAGGAGACCACGUGCCCGAAUUCUCGGGGUUUGAACCUGGACGACUGUGACUUUAAGGAAAACGGGGUGGUGAAAGAAUGUUCUGGAACGUCCUCAGCCCAGCCCGGAUCCCCCAUCCUCCAGAUCGACUGUGAUACGAUCAGUCAAGGAAAUCGUCGAGUCAAACGUAAUGGGAAGGUCCGCAAGUUACUCCGGAAACUGAAAAAAAUACUUCCUGGCGGAGGGUCGAUCAUCGCUCAUGCCAAGCCAGUCCGCCCAUUCCAUAUGGUGGCAGCUCGCGUGGCCUGAUCUGCUCCAGAUGUUCUCACACACCUGCCUGGAAGAAACCACCCAAGUGGAGAUGGUUCGUUGGCCUUCAGAACCGCCCCUUCCCCAUGGGUUGAGCAGGUCUCUGAGAUUGCCUUCCUAAUAAAACUCCUCCGUUGUGUACA